CUUAAUUAUAUGUAUAUAACAAUGUAUUUAUUCAUUUCAUUGAUCACAAUACAUUAAUUUAAAUAUCACCAAAAUUAAACUAUGAAAACUUAAGCAAUUGGAAAUUGCAGAAAGGAAAGACUUUAAAAUGGAAGGAAAAAGGGACAAUAAAAAAGGAAUACGGAGAGUCCAGCGGGUGGGGAGGGAGCGAAAAGCCGAAAACGUGGAUUGGGCAUGGCGGCGGCAGUAGCAGUAGUAGCAUAAGCAGCAAGAGCAAGAAGCUGUCCAACUCCAAGUCCAUAGUUAAUGAGCAAGCAGAAAGUCGUUGUUCGUCGUCGGGAUAAAUGUCCCCUUGAGCGAAAAAUCUUAUCUGGAAAGGGAAUCCGCCACGAUUCCUUUCCCGUCCCUCCAGGUACCUAUCCAUUCUAUCUUAUCUGUCUACUUCUCCUUUCCCCAAUGCUGUUCUUUCGUCUCCGUCCCUGUUACGCUCUACCGGGGAAUUAUGGUUGUGGCGGAUGAUUGAUACCGUAGAUCUCGUGGCAGGGAGGGCGGCAUUUUUUGUUGUUGUUCUUCUUGGGUUCCACUACUGAAAAGAAAGGCUCCGCCUUUACUGGUUUAGGGUUCGUUCUGUUUUGCUGUGUUAAUUUCGGCGGAAAGGAGGAGAAAUGGCUGCUCCUUACGCCAUUCCAGUCACCGCGGCUCAGGUAGGGACGUAUUUUGUGGGGCAAUACUAUGAAGUGCUACAGUCUCACCCGGCACUUAUCCAUCAGUUCUACAGUGAUUCCAGCAGCAUGCUUCGUGUUGAUGGCGUUACCCGAGAAUCCGGCUCCACAAUGCUUGAUAUUCAUUCACUCAUUAUGCGACUUAAUUACACUGCUAUCGAAAUCAAGACAGCACACGCGUUGGAAUCUUGGAGUGGCGGGGUUCUCGUGAUGGUCUCUGGACUACUGCAGUCAAAGAACUUUGGGGGCACUAGGAAGUUUGUGGAGACGUUUUUCUUGGCGCCCCAGGAGAAAGGCUAUUUCGUUCUCAAUGAUGUGUUCCACUUCAUUGAAGAGGAACCGAUUCACCUCUAUCCGGCUGUAUUAGCAGCCCAAAGGAAUCUCGAUUCCAAAGUUAAUAAUGCUUCUCCACCUACCGUCGUUCCUGAGCCAGUUUCAAAGUAUUUGCUUGGCGAAGAGAUUCAGUCUAGGGAGUCGGUAUCUCCUAGUGACGAGGCACAGGGAAACGGCCAAGUUGACAACUAUGCCUUUCCACAACAACAGUUCCAGCAUGUUCCAGAGCCCGAACACAUUGCAGAGCAAGUGGAAGUAUCAAAUGGCUCACUUCAGAACGCAGCGACGGAUGCUGCUACUCAAGACCACCUUCCACCUACUCUAGAGGAACCUGCUGAAGAACCACAAAAGCACACUUACGCCUCAAUUUUACGGAUUGCUAAGGGGCAACCACCAGCCUCUUCAGAAAGGAAUCACAGCUCUCCAGCCACUGAUCAGAAGGCUACUGUGACAGCUACCCUGACAUCCAAUUCGUUUGACAAUUAUGGGGUUGACAAUGUUGAUGAAGCUCAGGGCAUAGAAGAUGAAGAUGAAAUUCGAUCUGUAUACGUGAGGAACUUGCCACCUAUUGCCUCUGAAGAAGAGAUCGAGGAGGAAUUCACAAAGUUCGGCAAGAUUGCACCUGAAGGUGUUGUCAUUAGGAGUCGCAAGGAUGUUGGUGUUUGUUAUGCAUUUGUUGAAUUCGAGGACAUGAGUGGAGUUCAUAAGGCAGUGAAGGCGGGCUGUGCAGAGGUAGCAGGACGACAGGUUUACAUUGAAGAAAGGAGACCAAACAGUAACAUCCCCCCUCGAUUCGGAAGAGGCAGAGGGCGUGGAAGCUACCAAGCAGAUGCCCCUCGUGGCCGUUUUGGUUCACGAGGUUUUGGCAGGGGAGGCGGCAGCUACGGUGGAGACUACUACAACAGACCAACAAGAGGAAACGGAUAUUACAGGCCAAUUCAGCGCCAAGACAGAGCACAAAAUGAAUCAUCAUCAGAUUAUACAGCUUAGUCCCUGGAGCUGAGGAGCAGCAGCCAUGGGGAGGAGACCAUUUUUGGGGGCCAAGCCCUGAGCAGCAAACAUUAAUGCAAUCACCUCUCGUUCCAAUAGCGAUAUAUUCAUAGUAUGUUUUUACUCAAUUCAUAUCUUCAUUCAGAUUGCAGCAGCAGCAGCAGCAGCAGCAUACUUGAUUAGGAAAGUGAGGUUCCAUGAUGUUUACUUCGUUUGUUUGUUCUGAACUGAUACUUCAGAUCCAAUAGGCAAUCCAAUUCAGAUUUUAGUACAUUUGUGUUGCCUUAAACUUUAAUGAACAACUCCUUGCAGAUAGAUUGCUCACACCCUUACAUUGGUUCUUCCGCCUCUUCUUAUUCAGCAAGCAUUUUAUGUGGGGCUAUUCAAGUUCAGGCAUCAUUUCCUGCAGUAGAAAGCAGUAAGAAUCGGAGUUGGUCAUUUUUUUGGGAAUGUUGAGUGCGUCAAAAUACUCAGGUGGGUUGAACUCUACUGCUAUUCGAUUCAACACGUAAUGACUCUGGGUUUGGCUGUCUUGUGCUAAUCUCAUCAAGCUCGGGAGAACUGGACAUGGGAACAGGAGAAAAAAAAAAAAAAAAGGAAAGAAAUCUGAACAUUCACUAUGAAGAUGAUAAAGCAUAAGCUUUUCU